AUGUCUAGGAUUCGUCCGGAUACCCUCAAAUGGGCCUGCAUCUCCGCAGUGAGCUCCAAGAAGGUGACCAAGUCAGUAAUGCGGAAUCGUCUGAAACGGAGAUGGGCGAAUGCUUUUGCAGACGCGUUGAGGAGCAAUGGAUUUCAUGCGAAUGGGAGGAGCCAGGAAGGACCCAAGGACGGCAAGAACUACAAACCUGGUUUGAAGGGGACUUUGGAGAUCCUCAUUUUUGCAGACUCCGGUCUACAUCUUCCCUAUAACGAUCUAGUUGGAGGAUCUAAUACGAUUGUCAAAGCCCUUCGCCAGCACAUGCAGAGAUUGAAUUUGCCGCAGACUCAACGGGAUUUAGAAAAAGAGCGGAGGAAACUGGACAAAUUUCUCCAACCACGUCCAUUCAGACUAAACAUGAGAAACAGCGACGAGCAGGAUCGCGAACUUCACGAAUUUUGGGGAGCGCAAAAGACGUUAUACGAGACUGUGAAAUGA